AUGUCGAUACGUGACUUAGUUGAAAGUGAUUGUGGUGGUUCAAAUUCUUUAGUUAAAUUAUCCACGCAUUUUGUACAAGACCAUGCAUUUAAGGAUCAAGACCUAAAACAAUCAACGCAAACUGCUGAAAGCAACGAUCAACGUUUUUUAGAAUCAAGCACAGGAGAGUUAGCAGAUCAAUUUUUUAGUUCAAUGGAAAAUGAUACUUUCAAAAUGGACGACCUUUUAGCUAAUAUGAGAGGCAUUGAAGGUUGUAGUAGUGAAGAUGCCUGGCCAACACAAUUUACAAAAAGAAUUGAAAAACAGGACCGGUUGUUCGAUCCAAAUAUUUGGAGCUCUAAAGACAAUAAAAUGCUAAUUAAAGAUGAAGUUGAUGAUUUUGGUUAUAAUUCUGAAUGGGUAAAAGAAAUAGAGCAAUCUUAUCAAAACCAAGAGAUUAACGUUAUGAAAUCUCGUUUCGAUUUCGAUAAGAGUAAAGAAAAUAUGAACAUCUUGGAUGAUAUCAAUUCUACAUCAAGCCAGAAUUUUAUGGAAUCACAAAGUAAAAUGUCUUUUGAAAAUAGUUUUGAUAUGCCUAUCAAUCAUUUUGGAAUGGAGUUGUAUGGGAACCCAUUACUUGCCAAUCAAAAUUUUCAGCAGUUUAGUGAAUUUGACCAGGAAUUGGAAAUGAAUAAUUUAUUGAAUACAAUGGUACCUAGUACAUCAGGAAUAGACAAACCAAUUAUGGUUGCAGAAGAAUCUUCAAGUUUGACUGAUCAAGUGAUCGAAGCCAAUAAAAGUGAAAAUGAUAAUGAAAUUAGAAAUGAUCAGUCAAACUUUCAAACAUGGUAUUCUGAAUUUGAGGAAAUGAAAAAUGCUGAAAGAAAAAAAGAAUAUAGUUUCACACCAGAUAAUGAGAUGGACUCAAUAGAAAAUCCAUUAACUGAGGGAAAGCGUCGUUUAGAAAAUGGUGAAUUACCAUCAGCUGUUUUGUGCUUUGAAGCAGCUGUUAAACAGGAUCCUUCAAAUCCGGAAGCUUGGCAACUUUUAGGUACUACUCAAGCUGAAAAUGAACAAGAUCAGCUAGCUAUAAAUGCAUUAAACAAAUGUCUUGAUCUUCAACCAGAAAAUUUGACAGCUGUACUCUGUUUAGCGGCAUGUUACACAAAUGAAAGUUGCAAUUUACAAGCUUGUCGUAUGCUUAUGGAAUGGUUGAAUCAAAAUCCCAAAUACUCAGACAUUGUAAAAUCAAAACCAAAACUAGAAGAAGACUCGUUAAUAAUGAAAUAUCUGUUUACUACAAAAUUAUAUGAAUCUGUAAAGGACAUGUACAUAGAAGCAGCUCAAAGAAGUUUAGAAUUAGGAGAUAUAGAUGCAGAUGUCCAAAAUGGAUUGGGUGUACUACUUAAUCUUAAUAAUGAGAAUGAUAAAGCAGCUGAUUGUUUUAAAGUUGCUCUACAAAUUAGACCUAAAGAUGCUCGUUUAUGGAAUCGCUUGGGUGCAACUAUGGCUAAUGGUGGUAGAUGUGAAGAAGCUAUAGAAGCGUAUCACAAUGCUUUACAAUUGUGUCCUGGUUUUGUAAGGGCUCGUUAUAAUUUAGGAAUUACUUGUAUUCAUCUUGAUACAUACAGGGAAGCCAUAGACCACUUGUUAGAAGCGUUGAACCAACAAGCUUCAGCUGUGAGUACAAAUUUUCAAAGUCCAGCCUUAUCUGAUACUAUUUGGAGUACAUUACGUUUGGCUAUUUCAAUGGUGGAACGUCCUGAACUAUUUAAAGCUGUUAAUGAAAGGAAUUUAGAUUUAUUGAAUGAAGAGUUCCGUAAUUAAAGAUUAUAUCAAAGUACCUAAUACUCUAAAUUAAAAUUAAAUGCAGAUUAAAAGGUAUGUUUGUUUUGUUAUAUUUUGUUUUUAUUGUUUUUGAACAGUGGUUGUCAUAUUUUUUUAAACUGUAAAAAAUGUAUUUGAUUUUUCUCCACAUGUCUAUCUUAAGUAUGGGUAUGGCUUUUAAAAUGUAAAUGUUAUAUUUUAUCUUCUAUAUUAUUAUAGAGCUGAAUUAGUACCAAUAUAAUA